UGAAAAACUAAUCGAUCUCGAUAAUGGACCUCCCGAUAAUGGGUCAGGUGGAAACGCUGGCCAAUCGUUUUCACAAACUCAAAGCAUCGGCAGUCGCGGUUGACAGUACGGAUAAAUCGCACGAUGCUUCCAAAACCAUGAAAUGUGAUACCAAUAAUAAUAGAGCAGGGAAAAACAUGCCACCUGUUCUGGAAAUUUCCGAACCCUGCGAGAUACGUCCGUUCUACGAUGGAAAGGAUAUUUUCGUUACCGGAGGUACGGGAUUUCUGGGUAAGGUACUAAUCGAAAAGUUGCUACGCAGUUGCGAUGGGAUAAAGCACAUCUACGUCCUGUUACGACCGAAACGGGGACUGUCGAGUGAACAGCGCUAUCGGGAGUUCGUUAAGCAUCCGGUUUUCGACAGACUUCGCGAGAAGAUGCCGUUCGUGCUGGAAAAGAUGGUCUGCGUUGGUGGCGACAUAACACUUCCACGGCUAGGUCUGUCGGAGAAAGAUAUGCAACUGAUGCUGGAGAAUGUCAACAUCGUGUUCCACGUGGCUGCCACCGUUCGUUUCAACGAAGGUUUGAAGGAAGCCGCAGUUCUGAACACGAUCGGUACCCAACAGAUUUUGGAUCUGUGCGUCAAGAUGUUUCAUCUGCAGAGUGUAGUCCACGUCUCAACCGCUUACAGCAAUCCAAGCAGAAAAGUGGUUGACGAAGUGGUAUAUCCAUCCGCGAUGGACGCCGACUCCUUCAUACAAUGCAUCAAUAUCCUACCGGGAGAUAUCAUCAACGCACUGUCCGGAAAGCUCCAGGGAACUCACCCGAACACGUACACAUUAACGAAAUCGAUUGCCGAGCAGCUGGUAUCGGAGUACAAUCGCCAACUGCCGAUCUGUAUCGUACGACCUUCCAUUGUGACCGGGGCAAUCAAGGAACCGUUUCCCGGUUGGAUCGACAAUGUUUACGGAAUAACGGGCAUCAUGAUGGAGAUUGGACGAGGAACCAUUAGUAGCAUAAUGUGCGAUCAGAAGUGCGUGAUGGACGUCAUUCCGGUGGACAUUGUGUGCAAUACGUUGAUCGCGGCCGCAUGGGAGAACGCUAUGACCAUAUCCAACCCGAUCCGGGUAUACAACUGCACCUCUGGAUCGGUCAAUCCGAUCAAGUGGCAUGAGUACGGCGCAAUAACCGAGAAGUGGUCCGUUAGAAAUCCAACGAAAUAUGUCAUGCUCUAUCCGGGUUUCCGAUUCCGGACCAACCGGAUGCUACACAAAAUCGUCGAACUGUUUCUGCACUUCCUGCCGGCAUAUCUGUUCGAUCUGGUCAUGCGAGCUCAAGGCUCCAAACCCAUAAUGGCCAAAAUUGCCAAGCGCUUUCAGAAAGCGGCCGACACGGGUGAGUUCUUUGCCAUGCACGAGUGGACCUUCCGUAUACCGAACCUGACCAGACUGAUGCAAAAGGUACGACUGGCCCGGGACGGUGACGAAUUUCCCGUGGACAUGAGCGACAUGAGCUGGGAUACGUAUAUCGAAAAGUAUAUGCUCGGAAUUCGGACUUUUGUGCUGAAGGAUGGCAUGGACAGCAUGGAGAAGGCAAGGGCGAAGCUCAGGAGGUUAUACUGGAUAAAGCGUUUGCUGCAAGUGGCCGCACUGUUUCUGCUGUAUCAUUUCUUUCUUAAAUUGGAAAAUUACCGGCUCAACACGGCUGGUGAACAACCGGCGCAGACGCUGGCGAUCGAAUCCGACGGACUGUCGGCAACCUAA